AUGUCCUACUUUGUGGGCUGCAAUGCUGUGCAGAAUGGAAUUUCGGAGGAUGGUGGUUUUGCCAUCAACGGCGGCAAGGGCUGGUCAAGCGUUGUUUUUGACAACCACCAGAUCGAUUUGAGUGGAAAAGUGGCCAUCGCCAUGGGGAAUUAUUACUUCACUAGCGCAGCGGACGGAAGCAAGACCAAAGUUGAGUACACGUUCGGCUAUAAGAAGAAUGCCGAUGGCAAGGUGCGCAUCUUCCUCCACCACUCGUCCGUGCCAUUUAGUGCCGGCGCCGCAAGUGGAGGGGCCACCGCAAUCUCCGAGGGUGAGGUGCGAGCCGCGCAGGCAGCUUGGGCCAAUGCCAUUAAAACGAUCUCCAAAACUUACUUGGACGGAGGUGACUAUGUGGCAGCCGCGGGGAAGGCAGCAGGUGAGCUGUACGGCUACGGUCAUUCAAAGGUGCUCUUCAAGCCAACGAAGGCGAAGGAUGUCCAGUUCCGGCCCAUGGCCACCCAGGCCAUGUCCUACUUCGUAGGCUGCAAGGCUGUUGAUGAUGGAAUUCCAGAAGAUGGUGGCUUUGCCAUCAACGGCGGCAAGGGUUGGUCAGAUGUUGUGUUCGACAACCACCAGAUCGAGUUGAGUGCAGAUACAGCCACUGCAAUGGGGAACUACUAUUUCACAAGUGCAGCGGACGGAAGCAAGACCAUGGUGGAGUACACGUUUGGCUAUAAGAAGAAUGCCGAUGGCAAGGUGCGCAUCUUCUUGCACCAUUCGUCCGUGCCAUUUAGCCCGCCGGGAGCCAUCAAAGCUGCAGCACUUUCCGAGGAUGAUGUGAGAGCCGCGCAAGCAGCUUGGGCCAACGCCAUUAAAACGAUCUCCAAAACUUACUUGGACGGAGGUGACUAUGUGGCAGCCGCGGGGAAGGCAGCAGGUGAGCUGUACGGCUACGGUCACACAAAGGUGCUCUUCAAGCCAACCAAGGCGAAGGACGUCCAGUUCCGGCCCAUGGCAGCCCAGGCCAUGUCCUACUUUGUGGGCUGCAAGGCUGUCGAUGAUGGAAUUCCAGAAGAUGGUGGUUUCGCCAUCAACGGCGGCAAAGGCUGGUCAGAUGUUGUGUUCGACAACCACGAGAUCGAUGUGGAUGGCAACUCAGCCAUUGCUAUGGGGAACUACUUCUUCACGAGCGCAGCUGACGGAAGCAAGACCAAGGUGGAGUACACGUUUGGCUACAAGAAGAACGCCGAUGGGAAGGUGCGCAUCUUCCUCCACCAUUCGUCCGUGCCAUUCAGUCCUGCCCCAGCCGCCCCAGCCGCCGCAGCCGCCCCACCGGCACAACUCGCAGCGGUUUCUGAGGAGGAGGUGAGAGAGGCGCAGGCAGCUUGGGCCAAUGCCAUUAAAUCUAUCUCCAAAACUUACUUGGACGGGGGUGACUAUGUGGCAGCAGCGGGGAAGGCAGCAGGUGAGCUGUACGGCUACGGUCACACAAAGGUGCUCUUCAAGCCAACCAAGGCGAAGGACGUCCAGUUCCGACCCAUGGCAUCCCAAGCCAUGUCCUACUUCGUGGGCUGCAAGGCUGUUGAUGAUGGAAUUCCAGAAGAUGGUGGCUUCGCCAUCAACGGCGGCAAGGGUUGGUCAGAUGUUGUGUUCGACAACCACCAGAUUGUCGCGGACGGCAACACGGCCACUGCAAUGGGAAACUACGUCUUCACCAGUGCAGCGGACGGAAGCAAGACCAAGGUAGAGUACACGUUUGGCUACAAGAAGAACGCCGAUGGGAAGGUGCGCAUCUUCCUGCACCACUCGUCCGUGCCAUUUAGCCCUCCGGCCCCUGGCGCUGUCUCCAAGGAGGAUGUGCUCAGUGUGCAGGCAGCUUGGGCCAACGCCAUCAAAACGAUCUCUAAGACCUACUUGGAUGGAGGCGACUUUGUGGCGGUUGCUGGCAAAGCGGCUGGCGAGCUUUAUGGCUAUGGUCACUCGAAGGUCCUGUUCAAGCCCACCAAGGCGGCAGAGGCCCAGUUCCGACCGACGGCCGAGGACGCGAUGUCCUAUUUCGUCGGCAGGAAAUCAGUUACGAGAGGUCAUUCUGAGGAUGCUGGCUUCGCCAUCAACGGGGGCAAGGGCUGGUCAGAUGUCGUGUUCGAGAACCACGAGAUCGAUGUGGACGGCAACAUGGCCCUCGCAAUGGGGAAUUAUUACUUCACUAGCGCAGCAGACGGAAGCAAGACCAAGGUAGAGUACACCUUUGGCUACAGGAGGAACCCCGAUGGUAAGGUGCGCAUCUGCCUUCACCACUCGUCGGUCCCUUUCAAGGCGUAG